UUACGAGGUCCUGAAACACACGCACACACACAAUCAGUCAGCUCACUUCUCAUGUCCACAGCCAUUCGGCUCACUUUACAUAGACGUCACCGCCAACGAAAUCGAAAAAGUCCCUGAUGAAGCUGACACACAUGCUGUCGAACUGCUCCAUCAUGUGGUAGGCUUUCAGACACAUACGGAGAUGGACACAUCUGUCUUGUCGAAGUCAUUUAUCCAUCCAUCCACAUGAUGCAACAUUCAUAUGAUCGUCUGUGUCAUUUGUUUGUGUGUCUGUGUGUAGUCUGUGUGUAUUGCUGUCUACCUGGAAGCCGUUCUUGUUUCUCACGGGCAGUGAAGUGAGUCGGGUGGGAAGUACUUAAACUCGGGUGUCUCUGUGAGGCAGGUUUUCUCGUUGCAGUCGAUGUACACCGGGAUGAAGGUGAGCUCGUACACGUGUGGGGCGUCGAUGCCGGCAGCCUGGAGUGCGGCGGGUGCAAACACCUGAGCGACACACAGGAGACAGACAGACGGACAAAGAGACAGGAGUAGAACAGAGUGUGUGUGUGUGUGUGGUGUCUGUACUUUGUUUCCUGGCUCGGUACUUUAUUGUGGGUGUUGGCGUGUCUGAUGGCUUCUGCGAUGAACAAAACGUCGUGAGACAUAUCGAAUAUCACCAGUCCCGCGACGAAUUGACUCGCAUCGUCCUUAUCUUCUGCAGCCAACUUCCGUGCAGUUCGCCGGGGUCUGAUGGCCACGAGCAUGCCUCGCUCCCCGCCAGGUAUGCGAUCAAGGCGUUGAUGCUGAUUACGAACGAGCCCGCGGGCGGGCUGCACAGUCGGCUGCGCCGUCGGCUGCCCGCUCGUGGCCUUCUUGCCCUUCUUCGUCUUGAUCUUGGUGAACGUCACCUUCUUUGCUGCCCCCACCCCACCCGCCGCGGCCGCCGCACAAAUGCCACACAUCGCAGCGGUACUCGUUGAGGUUGGACCAGGUCGGGUGGUCGGGCGGCUCCAGACCGGCACUCAGGAAGGCGCCGAAGACGUAGUGGUCCUUGCGAAUGACAAACAGCAGGCGCUGCUUGUCGCCGACACACCGGAGCAGCUGCUCGACGCACUGCUCUGGCCCUGCUCUUGUGCAGCCCACCCGGUGAAGUCGGCCCACUAGCGGCACACGCGGAGGAGGGUCCCGAAAUUGUACUUGGCGGAUGGGUCGAUCACCAUUCCCUCGCGCACACGGCCAAACGACGCCGACGACAAUUGGCCGACGACGCUGGCGUCAGAGGUGGAUCGUCUGUUUUGUGCAGGUAGACGAUCAGCGACGUCCGCGUUGUGGUGAGGGAGGUCACUUGAAGUCGAAAAACUCAGUGACAGACGUGUGUAUGACACACAGAUGCUGUCGAACUGCUCCAUGACAGACAGCAUGCUGCGUGAGUACUCACAGCCAUCCACAAACCCACCCACAGAACCAUCGACUCGUGUCAUCCCGCCCCGCCCCGUCAUCUCACCCACCUGUCGCUUUGACUGUUUUGCGCUUGUGGUGUGCGUGCCCACCGAUGAGGUCCACUCUUCGCAUCGACAAGUGCGUCCCAUUCAU